AUGUCCGAAGUUUACCGAAAUAUUCCGUUCGAUAACCCGUACGGUGGCGUAUGGAAACAGGGAUGGCAGGUCACAUAUCCGAGCAAUUUAUGGAACGCAACACAACCCCUGAAGGUCCUAGUUGUCCCACAUUCACACACAGAUCCAGGAUGGCUAAUGACGUACACAGAGUAUUAUACUUAUCACGUAAAAGACAUUCUAAACAAUAUGUUGAUGAAGUUAGAGCAAUAUCCAGAGGCUAAAUUUAUUUUUGCUGAAAUUUCUUUUUUCCAUCUGUGGUGGGAUGACCUUAUUGUAGACAACAGGCUUAAAGUUCAAAGCUUACUAGAUGAAGGUCGGCUUGAGAUAGUGACAGGAGGAUGGGUUAUGGCUGACGAGGCCAGUACACAUUACUUUGCCAUGCUUGACCAACUGAUAGAGGGACACCAAUGGCUUAGUCAAACUCUUGGCGUGAAACCUACUUCAGGAUGGGCGAUAGAUCCAUUCGGCCAUUCCUCUACAAUGGCAUACAUGCUCGGUCAGUCAGGCUUUAACGGUAUGGUUAUGCAACGAGUCCACUAUGCCGUGAAAAAGUAUUUGGCCAAGGCGAGACAGUUGGAAUUCAUGUGGCGACAGAUAUGGGACAGUGAAGGUUACACGGAUAUGUUAAGUCACGUGAUGCCGUUCUACUCGUACGAUAUUCCUCACACGUGCGGACCCGACCCAGCCGUCUGCUGCGAAUUCGACUUCGCCAGAAGGCCUGUUGGUAAACUAAAGUGCCCAUGGAAACAGUCUCGAGUUGAGGCAAUUACAGAAGCAAACGUGGAGAAAAGGUCUCGCACAAUUGUAGACCAGUGGAAGAAAAAGGCUAUGUUAUUUAAAGGCAAUGUUGUGCUGGUUCCCCUUGGUGAUGACUUCCGGUAUCAAACAGCUAAAGAAUGGGACGAGCAAUUUACCAAUUAUUUAAAACUUUUCGAAUAUAUCAACAGUAAUACAAACUUAGGCGUUCAGGCACAAUUUGGCACUUUAUCCGAUUAUUUUCGGAUUGUACACGAAGAGAUAUCAACCGGAAGUAGGCGUGAUGACGUCACAUACCCAGAAGAGAAGCGGAUAGAUUCUUUAACUGGUGAUUUCUUUGCAUACGCUGACAGGGACGACCAUUAUUGGAGUGGUUACUUCACAUCUCGUCCAUUCCAGAAACAUCUGAGCAGAAAACUGGAAAGCCAUUUAAGAGGCGCUGAAAUUCUAUUUACUUUGGCGUCUACGAAGGCUAAACGCUCCCCAAGGAGCGUGUUUGAACUUAUGACUAAGGUGAUGUCUGCGCGGAGGAAUCUAGCCUUGUUUCAACACCAUGAUGGUAUUACUGGCACUUCCAGGGAAAAUGUUGUUAAAGAUUACACAGAAAGACUUGUAAAGUCAUUAGAAGAUAUGAAAGUGGUGAUGAGGGAAUGUGCUUUUUAUUUGACAUUAAAUGAUGAAACUACAUAUAACAGCACGGCACAAUUUUACAAUUUGGAUGAAACAACAAAUAAACAGACAUAUGGCUCAGAAUCUACCGUUCUUGAUCUUGGUGUGGAGCAUGGUGUACCAAGAUCUGUUAUGUUUUACAACUCACUCGGAUAUGAAAGGCGGUCAGUUGUUUCAGUUUUGGUUAACAAACCACACGUUGUAGUACGGGACAAUAAUGGGCGGUAUAUAAAAUCACAGGUCGAACCAUUCUGGACCAAGGAUGGUAACAUUUCAACUCAAAUAUAUCAGAUUACGUUUGAGGUAACAGUAAGUGGCCUUGGAAUAGCUCUGUACACUAUUCAACAUGUUUCUGGAAACGAUAAUGAUAAGGCUUUUGUUGCUAUAGUAACAUCUUUAGAUAAAACAGAUCGAACGAAAGUGAGCCGAAUGAUUGAGGCAGAUAAAAGUGAUGAUAUUGUAUUAGAGAAUAACAAUAUGAAAGCGGUUUUUAACGGGGCGACUGGUCUUUUGCAGUUGAUUUUCAACAAAAGAGAAGGUGUUUGGUACAGGUCAAAAGUUGACUUUCUUUCAUACGGAACAAAAGCGUCAAAAAGUGAAAAAAGUGGUGCAUAUAUUUUCCUUCCUGAUGGCCCUGCCAAGGUUCUGGUUCAGAAAGAAUUCCCUAGGAUAUACGUCAUCCGAGGACCAAUCAGAUCACAGGUGCACGUGUACUCUGAUAUUGUUCCACAACAUAUUGUUACUUUAUAUAAUUCAACAGGUAUUGAAAGUCAAUUUGUUGACAUUCAAAAUAUUGUGGACGUUCGUAAACAGAGAAACUUUGAGCUUGCAAUCAGAAUUACAACUGACAUAGUAAAUACAGAUAGAACAUUCUACACCGACUUAAAUGGUUUUCAGAUACAGAAGCGAAAAGUGCAUAGCAAGUUGCCAUUGCAAGGUAAUGUCUAUCCUUUCACAACCAUGGCGUUCAUACAAGAUGACCUUCAUAGACAUUUUAUUUUGACUGCAAACUCUCUGGGAUUUUCAAAUCCCGAAUCAGGAGUUUUGGAAGUAAUGUUGGAUAGACGUCUGAACCAGGAUGAUAACAGAGGUCUUUUACAAGGUGUUGUAGAUAAUAAACCUACACCGAGUAGGUUCAGACUUCUCAUUGAAAAUUGUGGUGCUCAAGGUUGUGAUAAUGAUAGAAAAAUCGUUUUCCCGUCACCAAUGGGACACCAGUCUUCCCUGGAAUUGAUCCACCCUUUGUUCACAUUUUUAAGCAAUCCAACUUUCUCAGGGAAUUUUCCGUUACAGUCAAACAUUUCCCCACUUACUAAGAAUCUCCCAUGUGAUGUACACAUGUUAAAUCUACGUACAAUCAGUGACAGUGGUGAGCAACACGUGAACAAAAGUUUAUCAGCUCUUAUACUUCAUAGAGUAGGACUGGAUUGCACGUUUGAUAGCAUCAACGACAACUGUGAAAAUUUAGGAGAAAAUGUGACUUUAUCGGAAAUGUUCCGUGAUUCAAUCAUCACAAUAGAUUUUGCCACUGAAACAUCUUUAACAAUGAUGUAUACAAAGAAAAAGUUAGAUGUAGAGGACGCAGUUGUGAUCAAACCAAUGGAUAUAAAAACACUCGUUGUCAACGUGCAUUAA